CUUCAUACAACAUGAUUAUUUCAAAUAUGUUCCAUAAUAAAGUUAAACAUUCUCAUGUUUUGAUCAUUAUUAUUGUGUGGUCUUUGUUUCAAUGUGUUGUUAACAGUACUACUAGUACUUUUGUAAGAAUUCCUACUUUCCUUGCCAAACAACCAGUGGCAAAAGCUGAUAAACAGAUCAAGUGCAUCGAUAAGGACCAAAAUGCUCUCCUUGAUUUUAAAGUUGGUCUUGAAGACCCCUAUAAUUAUAUCUCCGAUUGGGGAACUAAAAAGGAAGAUGAUUGUUGCACGUGGACCAGAGUUACAUGCGACAACCAGACUGGUCAUGUCACGGAGCUUGACUUGUCUGAUUGUUAUCUUGAAGGUAGCCAAUUUAUAGGAUCAAUAUCUGAUGAUAUCCAACACUUUUCAUCACUUCAAAAGUUAUACCUAGAUGACAAUCAGUUAAAUGGAACCAUAAGUAAGAAAAUGUGGGGAUUGCCCUCGCUUUUCGAACUAAGAAUUACUUCCAAUUCUCUUGGAGGCGCCACCUUUGAAAAUAUUGGAAUGUCAAGUAUUGAGUUCAUAAAUAUCUCUUCCAAUAACUUCAGCGAGAAAGCACCAGAUAUAUCAAACUUUAAUGCUUCCGCCGUAUUAGAUUUGAGUUCCAACAACUUCUAUGGUCCGAUAACGAAUGUUUCUUCCUCUUUGAAUCUUUUAAAUCUUUCGAAAAACAAAUUCUAUGGAGGAAUCUCUUUUUUGUGCCAAAUUGUUGAUGGGCUUUUAGUUUAUCUGGAUCUCUCGCAUAACUUAUUUUCUGGACAAAUUCCAGACUGUUUAUGGCAACUGAAAGCACUUCAAUUUUUAAAUCUGGCAAACAACAAUUUGUUUGGAAAGCUUCCUGCAUCUUUUAAAUAUUUGAAUUUACUUGAUGUGUUGGAUUUAUACAACAACAACUUCUCUGGAGAAUUGCCUUUAUCGCUGAAGAAUUGCACCAACUUAACCUUUUUGGAUUUAGGGGCCAACAAAUUUUCUGGUAACAUGUCUGUUUGGAUUGGUGAAAACUUAUUAGGAUUGUAUGCUCUUAGCCUUGGUUCUAAUAACUUAUUUGGACCCAUUCCUUUAGAGUUUUGUCAGCUUGUAAAUCUUCAAAUUCUUGAUCUGUCAAUGAACAAUCUUAAUGGGACUAUCCCUUCAUGUGUCAAUAAUCUUACUUCCAUGGUUCAACAAGGAUUGAUCACAUUGGAACAUAACCGACAUCAUUAUGGUCUUUCAUCUACACCUUCUGGACUUAGUGAUUAUGUUGACAGUGCGAUUGUCCAGUGGCAAGGAAUUAGACGUGAAUUCACUAACAAUCUCGGAUUUUUGAAAAGCAUUGAUUUAUCACACAACAAUCUAGCAGGAAAAAUCCCCAAUACUCUAACCGAUCUUCGUGGAUUGCUUGCACUCAACUUAUCAAGGAAUGCUUUACAUGGGGAGAUUCCAAAAAAAAUUGGCAAGAUGAAAGAUCUUUUAAUGUUGGAUUUAUCAAGAAACCAACUUUCAGGAGAGGUACCAUCCAGCAUAUCUGAGAUGUUUUUGUUAAGUUCUUUAGACGUGUCAUACAAUAACUUGUCAGGGAGAAUUCCAUCCGGCACUCAACUCCAAUCGUUUGAAAAUUCAAGUUACACAGGAAAUGCAGGAUUGUGUGGACCCCCAAUUUCAAAAUAUUGCCCUGGAGAUGAAAGAUUUCAAAUGCCAUCCAUCAUUGGUGAUGAAAGUGAAGGACACAUAGAUCAACUUGAGAGAUGGUUUUACAUUGGCGGGGCGAUUGGUUUUGCUAUCGGAUUUUGGUUAGUGUGUAGUGCUUUGCUCAUCAGUCAUCGUGGAAGACAUACUUUUUUUCACUUCAUGGAUCGUUCGGAAAAUUGGGUUCAUGUAAAGGUGGUGGUGUUUGUAUGUCACAAUGUUUUUUAACUUCUUGUCUUUUAGAAUUUAUUUAUAUUGUUUUUAUUUACCAUAUUUUUCGUGUAUGUAUUUGGGAGAGGUUUUUAAAUCCUCAUUAAUAAUUAAUAAAGUUGCCACCAA